AUGAAAAGAUUGAGGCUCCUUAGAUGGAGUGAUACCGUCCUUUCGCCUCGAACAAGACCUCGAACUAUCAUACCACCACAAUGUCAAUGCAGACGAUGGGAAUCUGCAACGCACCAGCCAUCUCUACGCGAAGCUCACUCACCGAAGGAUGUCCAAGGACAACUCCCGGACACGUUGUCAGAGGAACACCUUCUACGGCUACCAUCACCUCCUAUCCAAGCUGCAUCAUCUUCGGCCAAGCUGGCUGCCCUUCAUGCUCGGCUCCAAUUACCAUCUCGCCUGCCUCUCCAAGUUCUCGCUCGGACUCUGGUUGAUCCUUCUGCUGAUCCUUCACCUCAGUUCAACAAUAAUCCUUUUUCAAUACUCGGAAACGAUCUCCUUGGUUACUAUACCUCCGAAUACAUAAUAUGUCGAUAUCCAAGAUUACCGUUAGCUGUCGUCUUUGCGGCAAUGUAUGCUUAUGUUGGACCCAAGGCUCUUGCUGCUAUAACGAGAGAAUGGGGCGUCGAGGCUGCGGCGCACCCGGGUGGAGAAGUAGACCCCGGCUACUUACAGUUUCGGAGGGUCGCGCCGGAGUCAGAUAUGGGUCCCAAGCCGUCAGCAUUGAUAAGUACGACGCCGGAUGCAAGCUCAGGAUGGAAGCGGAGAGGGAUCAGCUCCAGGACCGUUUAUGACGAUGAAUUUGGAGACGUUCAGCAACCCGCCAAAGAUAAAAAAGCCUCAAGCACUGCGAUUGAGGGUGUCACAGAAGAGAAAGCCAGUACGAACUUCGUACGGGCGUUGACAGGAGCAUUAUAUCUCCACAGCGGCCGCGCGGCUGUGAAGUCAUUCUUCAGGGAGCAUUUCAUGUCCAGGCAAUUAAACAUUGCUAGCCUUUUCAACUUUCGCCAUCCUCAGAGAGAUCUUAGUCGCUUAUGUGCUCGAGAAGGCUUUCAGUCACCGGUUGCGAGAAUAGUAAGCGAGACAGGGAGAAAGAGCAGACAUCCCGUAUUUGUGAUAGGAGUCUUCUCCGGGCACGAAAAGUUAGGCGAAGGAGCUGGCUCAAGCCUUGAUGAGGCUCGGAUUUGUGCUGCCGUUGCUGCAUUGAAGGGUUGGUAUCUUUACAGUCCGACAGAACUACGCGUUCCAAGUGAGAUGGAAGAACCCGGCGCACGGAAGUGGGACCGAAUGCUUGUCGACCCUGGUGACAUUGUCGUCUGA